GUCGAGGUUUAGAGGGACCGCUUAAGCGAACGGACCAAAUAAUAAAAGCAAUAUUCUAUAGCGAAAUGAAAGCAAUAGCAGACCGCUUUUCAUGCAUUAUAUUUCAUUUUCCUAAAUGGCUUAUCCAUUAAUAUAUUUUCAUAAUAAAACGACUUCAUCUUCGUAGGUGUAAGCCAUGUUGUUAACCGCACGCCUGGCCAAAGCCCUCCAACUCACCCUGGCGGUCGUCAAACCGGACGGCGUGGCGCACCCCCUGGUGUUGGAGGCGCUUCAUCAGAAGAUCCUGGACAACAGCUUUGUUAUUGUUAAAUGCAAAGACCUUGCCUGGAAGAAACAGGACUCUGAGAAGUUUUACGUUGAACAUGCAGGAAGAUUCUUCUAUCAAAGACUUGUUGAAUUCAUGUCAAGUGGGCCGAUGCGGGCGUACGUUCUGGCCAGGGAGGACGCUGUGAGUCACUGGAGAGAGCUGAUGGGGCCCACAAAAGUGUUCAGGGCCAUAUACACCUCCCCAGCCUCCUUAAGGGGCCAGUACGGACUCACUGACACCAGGAACACCACCCAUGGCUCAGAUUCAAUGGAGUCGGCGCGGCGUGAGAUCGCCUUCUUCUUCCCAGAGUUCUCCGUGGAGGCGUGGAUGCAGCAGGAGGAGCCAGCGUUCCGAGCCGGAAGGAUGGCGUACGAUGAGCGGCGACAGAUCCACACGCUUCCCACGCAGAGCUGAACCUCGGAAGCAAAUCACGCAGUUCUGUUAAGAACUCCCCGUUGCCAAAUGUACAGACCGACCCUGACUUUUGAAGCCAUAUCCUCUGAAUAGCUGCACGUCAAAUCCCUCAUUCUGUUGGCGCUGAAGAAGUGAUGCUGUGGAGAUCUACUAUUACAAUUUAACCCUUUCCUUAUUACUGAGAAUAGUAGGAUUAGAUCACUAAUCCUACUAUUAGUGAUCUAACAGUAGGAUUACUAUUAGAUCUCUUGGAUGUUGACACUGUCAACAUCCAAGAGAAGAGAUCAAAUGUGUGUUUUCAACGUCUCUCCAUCGUUCCAGUUCUGUGUAGUGAAUUCAGGACCGUUUAUAUCUUUGAACCUUGAAUCUAUAUGGAUGUUACUUGUUCAUUGUGAGAGGAUAAAAUAUCCCUCAACAUGAGAGGUGCGAAAGAAGACGACAUAAUUUAAACAGACAAUUGUACUUUCACAUGGAAAGAUAUAAAUACACAAAACAAACGGUGCACAGACAUUUUAGAAUUCAUCAUCUUCACAGACCGAGUGCAGUAGUAGUGUUCGAUACAUCACCUUCCUGAGACGUUGUAACGUAUGCUGCUGGUAACUAUUAAAACAAUGUAUUAAUCAAAUGUGAAUAAAAUACAAAUUAAUUUAUAA